GAUUCCUCUUCCUGCUGUGAGGAGCAGGAAGAGGAAGCAGUGUGCUGGCAGCUCUGUGGUUAACGGUGUCUGCUGUUCAUGUCUGGAUCUACACGAGAACAACUAGUGAAUACUACAGAUAACACAGUGUGUAGUUCAUCAUGUCUGCCAGGAACCCUGGGAUGAAGCUGGACCUGGAGUGGGUCUCCAAAGUGAGAGUGAAUACACAUGCCGUCCUAAAGAGAGCUCAGCACAUCCAAGGACAGAAGACACCCAAGAAACAGUGGCAGGCCGCCUGGCUGCUGAAGGCCGUCACCUGCAUCGACCUGACGACUCUCGCUGGAGACGAUACGCCGUCCAACGUCCAUCGGCUGUGUCUGAAAGCCAUCCAGCCAGUCCGAUAUGACCUGCUCAAGACGAUGGAUAUGCACGACAAAGGAGUGACUACAGCAGCAGUGUGUGUGUAUCCAUCCCGCGUGGCUGAUGCCGUCAAAUCACUAAAAGCAGCCAACUCCAGCCUCCCUGUUGCCUCCGUGGCCACUGGUUUCCCAGCAGGCCAGACGCCGCUGGAGACCCGCCUGCAGGAAGUCCGCUUGGCCGUGGCUGACGGCGCCACGGAGAUCGACAUCGUCAUCAACAGGACGCUCGCCAUCACGGGACAGUGGGAAGCCAUGUAUGAUGAGAUCCGUCAGUUCAGGGAGGCCUGUGGAGACGCCCACAUGAAGAGCAUCCUGGCUAUCGGAGAGCUGGGCACCUUCACCAACGUCUACAAGGCCAGUCUGGUCGCCAUGAUGGCUGGUUCGGACUUCAUCAAGACGUCCACGGGAAAGGAGUCCGUCAACGCCACUUACCCUGUUGCCAUAGUGAUGGUGAGGGCCAUCCGGGCCUACUUCCUGUGUACGGGCCACAAGGUGGGCUUUAAGCCAGCGGGGGGGAUCCGGACGGCUCAGGAGUCUCUGGUGUGGCUCAGUCUGAUCAAAGAGGAGCUGGGCAACGACUGGCUCUGUCCUCUCCUGUUCCGCCUCGGAGCCAGCAGCCUGCUCGCUGACAUCGAGAGGCAGAUCUACCAUCACGUGACCGGACAGUACGCAGCCUUUCAUGAGCUGCCCAUGGCCUGAAGCUGUGGACUUCCUGUUCUACCGACCAAUCAGAACCUCAGACUCACGACACGAGCCUCUCAGUGUCUCCUCCAGGCAGAACCCGUCUACUCUGUUAACCACACUCAUGUUCAGGGCUUUGACUGAAGGCUGGGACUAACGUCUAAUAUCUAAUGUACUAAUGUAGUAAUGUAGUACUCUAAUGUGCUCAUACAGAUGUGUACGUACGGAGUAACUAACAGGUGAACAGACUUUGUCUCAGUAUUUUGUUACACACAUAAUAAACUGUUCAUCAUGUAUCUGGAGUU